UGCAUGAAGGUAGCCCUCUGGGUGAGCUCCACCGCUGUAUCAGAGAGGGAGUGAAGGUGAAUGUCCACAUCCGCACUUUCAAGGGACUUCGGGGUGUCUGCACAGGCUUCCUGGUUGCAUUUGACAAGUUCUGGAAUAUGGCCCUCACCGAUGUGGAUGAGACAUACCGUAAGCCUGUCUUAGGCAAAGCCUACGAACGGGAUUCUUCGCUGACUCUCACAAGGCUGUUUGAUCGACUGAAACUUCAAGAUUCCGCCAAAAAGGAAGCCGAUUCCAAGUCUGCAGUUGAAGACUCCACCCUGUCUAGAUACUCGCAGACAUCCACUUGGAAGGUGGCUUCAGUGUGGGGACGAGGAGACACUGACAGGGGCUCACACAGGCGCUCCCGCUCUGUCCCUUCUUCCCUGCAGGCAUCUGCAAGGGAGGAGUCCAGGUCUGAGCUGUCAGGGAGGACUACACGGACAGAGGGGUCCAGUGUGGGAGGCACCUUCUCCAGGGCCACCACCCUUUCACGGGGCCAGUCCAGAAAGAAAAAGAGAAAGCCCAAGGUGGAUUACCAGCAGGUAUUCACAAGACACAUAAAUCAGAUUUUCAUUCGCGGCGAGAAUGUCCUGCUGGUUCAUCUUGCACAGUGACCAGCUAAGCCCCACUUGACCUUUGGGUUUUAGAAAUAAAGUGCAUGAACUGUUCCUAUGCUAUAUCCUAGUAUCCCAAUCAAAGUGUGAGUCACAGUGGUUCCCACUGGCCCUGCCCGUACAGAGGACAGAGCUGGCUCAGCCUCUGGAAACCAAAUUGAGGGGAGGGCAGGUCAGCAAUACUAACCAGGCAAAAGCCAUUCGUAGUACAUGCGUCUGACGGGCUGUCAUUGUCUGCUCCAGAGUCUCAAGCAUAAGCUGUUCCCUUUGACUUAGGGCCAUAGUGUGAGUGGAAUUCAGUCUGUGGGAACUGUAAGAACCAUCUGAGAAGGAAAUAUUUCAUUUCUAAAAGCUAGUGCUCUGAGCACUGUGAGUUGAUCUAAGAGCAGUAGUGCAAAUUGCCCAAGAGCCCUGCACCCAUAUCUUGGAACUGACCUAUGCUCUGCAUCAUUCUCUCUUGAUCAAGAAGUGAAAUUUCUCAUCCUUGAAUAUUAAUAAGGUCUAGGGAAGUUACCAGCUUAUGCAGGAGUGGAGCUCUGCUUUGACCUCCUCUUCUCGUGGGAAGGAAGGCAGAAGCUUGUAAGUCUUCCCCUCACCAGAGGUGGCCUCUGCACAUGGCAUUCCAGAUGGGAUUGUGCCGUCCUCGUGGCUCGUUGUCCUCUCCGACUCCUGUGGCAUGGUGCUAGAUGCAUGUGCUCUAUGGUAUCACCCAUGUGUUGUGUGUGAACUGUCCUGAUGUGACCUUCGUGUCAGACUUCAGAGAGUUCUGCAUGAACUCAAUAAUGCACAUCUGUCACAUGGCUGAGAGUCCCCUUUCCAGGCGGGGCUGGCCUUGUGUAGAAAGUCUCUCAGAAUGGUGUUACUGUGAAAGAGGGGUCAUACACUUUUAUUCCCUGUGUCACACUGGUGAGGUUCUUAGAAGCAAAUGGGUAUGUCAUAAGGGUACUUGACUCCCAUUUAAGCCUGAGUGACAGGAAUACCAAAGGACCAGGGACGCGCCUACUUGAAUUAUAUCACCAUAUGCUUUUCAACCACAAUACAGAAUGGGCUACAUCUUGACAUAGACUGUUAGGCAAUAUUGAUUUUCAAAAUUUUGUUUAUACUUCCUUUAUGUUAGAUAACUUAUGUUCAAAGUAAGAAUAAGAAGUAAUUAGUCUAAAUGUAUGUAUGAAUAGAACAUUUCUCCUGCUUUGUUUGUGGAUAGCAUGGGUAAGCCUACUGAGAAGCAGGGCAAAUAAAGUUCUGUUAGCUGGACCACUGCCUCAUCAGACAAUGAAAAGUGAGCAGAUGUGCCUCAGUUUCCCCAUCAGAUACCUACCUCACCAGGGCACUGUGGCAGGAUUUUAGGAAGGUGUUUUACAGCCUCUAAGCAUACUUAAGUGCCAUUUUUCCUUACUCUAUUGCAUAGCUCUAUAAAAAUUCUCUUGUCCUAUGAGCAAGGCAGGUGCUAUAUAAGAAAGGUAUCUUCCCAGCUGUCAUUUGUGAUCUUGUAGCCAUCAUUAGAAGGCUGUGAGAACUUCAACAACUGGGUUUCAUGGUCUGUUUCUUCCUCUAGAGGGAAACAGGACUUCUCAGAGGAACACCUCCCCUAAGGAGAGAGUGACUUUCUUUUUGCUGCUCCCCCACAUCCCGGCCCCUGCUUUUCAAGGGUAUCUGUUGUGAUACUGACAGGAGACUGUGCAGCUAAAAACGGCAUUGUUCCCAAAGUGGGAUCUGAGGGCUUUCUGUCUGUUUUCUGUUUACCUGUUUUUAUUUCUAAUUGUAUCUGAGUUUGAAGUUAGGACAGAUGCACUGAGGUCUGUGGAGUCUCUGAUACAGACUCAGGCUCACAACUCUUGUCUUCUUGUGUAAAUUCCCUUCUGCCUCCUGUGCGUGGCCUCUGUUCUCAAAUCCCUCAUCAGGCUGUAUCGCCUCCAUCUCCACCUGUGUUCUCUGUGUAGCUGUCCUUGACUAUCUACCCUUUUCUCCCUUAGCUAGAAGCUGUAAUGGAUGCUCUUUUUUUGCUAACUAUGUAGAAAUGUGCAAUCAAAUGUGCAUGAAAGAAUUUCUGUUCAUGCAAGUGACCCUCCUGAUUUAUGUUAUACACAUGCCAAUUUCAUGUUGCUAUAUAACUCUCCCAUAUUUCUAUACCAAUUGAUUUAUAAUUUUCCAUUCAACAUGACAACUCUAGCUGUGAAAUUAUUUGUGCUCUCUCUUUAGAUCCCCUCCACUUAUUUGUUUAAUCUGGACAGUGAUUCCAAAAUGAAUAUUCUCUAGAAAAUGUGCAAUUUUGUGCGAAGUGUGGUAAUUAUUUUUAGAUAAGUCAAUUUAAUAAAUUAUUGCCUUUUCUUUAUUAUUGGAAAAAUUUCAAAAAUAAAAAAAUGUGUUCUAAUGUAUUGCUGCUCAAAAAUGAUGUCACAUAGGUCAUAAUGGGUCGCUGUAGUGGCUGGGCUGGGCAUGUUGCUUAGUGGUAGGCCCUAUGCUUGGUAUUCAUGAGACCCUGAGUUCAGUCCCUGACAUGAAUGAAUGAGUGAAUGAGUCAAUCAGUCAAUAAAAGUUGCUAUGGAAACAGCUCAAAUUUUCAUUAGGAGAAAGAAAGACCAUGGGGAAAGGGGAUGGUGAGGUCAAGUACUAGAAGACCCUUCUGAGGAGCCCACGAAUCGAGAAUGGAGUAGGGCCUGCUCAUUGGUGUUCUGUGGGAAUUAGAGUUUUCUUUUGAAUAAACAGCUUUGAUCGUUCAAACUAAUCUCUAGAUAUCUGAGUAUCCACGGAAUAGUCCUGUAUUCUUGUUAAGGACUUUUCAGGAGUGUUUGGCUUUAUCAGGUGGUAAUGUUGCCAGCAAUUAGUAUGGCCAGUGGUUGGCUUCUUUUUUGUUUUGUUUUCAUUUGCUUCUUUGUUUUACUUUGCUUUUGUUUUUUGAGACAGUUUUACUGUGUCUCCCUGGCUGGUCUGAAACUAGCUCUGUAUACCAGGCUGGCUUCAAACUCACAGAUCUGCCUGCUGGGUGCUGCGACUAAAUGGGUUGCCCACUACUUUUGGCUCAGCUAUUAAUGUUUCCAGUUUAGCCACAGUUGUUGUGGAAAUUAAAUAGAAAUUACAAGUAGGCAAGCAUCAGCACCUGAACAAGGUUGUUAAAGGUUCCUGUUCAAGUGUAAGGGAGACAGAGUACAGGACAGGGGCCCUGGUGAUGUUCAAGGACUAAGGUCUUACAUAGACAAAGGAGGCCAAGCUCUUCCAGCACAGUCAGCCAUGUACAGAUGCCAGGAUUUCUGCCCAUGCCGCAGCAACUGGUUUGACUGAGUGUUCUGCUCAUGUUUUUUGGCAUUGUUUAUGCUCAGCUUAUAGAAGCUGCUGGCAGUGCUCAUACCACCACCUGGGAUGACCACAGGUUAGUCAAGUUCAGACAUGUGCAUAUAGGCUACAGGAAAGCUGGGGAAGGAGCCAGUAUGAAAGCAGCAUUCCUUAAAUGGGCAAUGUUAAUGUGGAACCAGGGUCCCCUACUGUGUCACGUGGCUUGGAAGUGGCAGCCAGAGUCCUGCUGCAUGCCAUUCUGUGCCCAUAGGGCCGAUCUUGUGCUCCAUAGCUUUCACCCAGGCUUGUUUGCUUUACUGUUUGGGAAGCUGGAGGUUUUCUUUCUUAGGAUCAGUUUGGUGGCUUGUGAAAUGCUUAGGCAGUUAGCCUCUGAGACAGGAUUUGGAGCAGUCUGUACCUUGCUCUUUACCUGGUGUUCAUCAAGGCAGGGAAUGUUCUAGUUUGGGUGCCCACGAACCCUUGUAGUGAGCUGUGGUCAGAUCAGCAGCAGCCCUGUCUGUCUUGACAGGGAAAGAAUGCCCCUUCAGAGGUUGUCAGGUCAUGAGCCCUGAGCCACCCUUAAUACUCAGCCUCCCAGAGAUCUGUGUUGACACUUCUUCCCUUUAAGAAAAAAAGAAAUAAACCCAGUAUGAUGCUAAGUGGGUGUUUGUGUUUCUGUUUGCAUUCUCUCCAUGACAGCCACCCAGGCAAAAUCAUGAAAUACCAUUGGUUCUAUAAUUUGCUUCUUUAAAUGUCCUGUAGAUUCUUCCUGUAUGAAAAAGUUAAAAUCAUUCAAAGACAGCUAGCUGUCAUUGGUGCUCCCCCAGAGUGUUUCAUUCCCUUCUGCACUUUUUAUGAAUGAAAUGGUGGCUGUUCGUAGGUCAGGCUAAUGGAGAAAAGAGUCUGGUGGUAUAAAUUGAGUAGUUUGAGAGGUGUCUUCAUUUUUCUCUUCCUGAACCACAUCUGGAAUGCAUGCAGCCCGUUGUCAGUAACUGUUCACCUGUCCGUGUCUUUCUUGCCCAGAAGGCUUUUUCUCGGUGGUUCAAAGCAAAACCAUCUCAUCUGGCCUGUGUUGUAUGGGAAAGGCAGGAAGUCUGUUGUUACUUUCUGGCACGUUGGUGGAUUUAAGAUAAGCCUUCAGGCUCCUGUCAGUUAUCUGAAGAAGGGUUGGGCCUCCAUCACUCCCAGUAUUUUGAGUAUUGUUCAAGUGUUUGUCAGAUCACUGCUAAUAAAAGCGAAAGCCCUCUGUCAAGAAACGGCAUGGGUAGUCUGAAGAUGGGGGCAAGAAAACUCUGUGCACUCAGGACGCAGGGGUCUUUAAGCUGUCAGAGUCCGGACUCCAUCAGAACACCUUCUGCAAACACAGGGUGUCUCUCACAAAAGCUGGGAAUAUGGUUCCUGGCACAUUGCAAUCGCUUUUGAUUGUGAGUCCUUGGGAGCAAAUGUCUGAUGUGCUUCCAGAGCUCUGAAGGAAGCGUCUGGACACUUGUCAGGGUUGCUGCAGGUCAUUACCUGGCCUUGUGUGGAGCUGGGUUCCAAAGCAGCUCUGCUCUGCUCUUCUGUUCUCCCAACAGGAAAGCAGACAGUAAGCUGUGUCCUAAAAAACUCAACACCUGUAAUCCCAGCCUUAGGAGACUGAGGUAGGAGGAUCACUGUGAUUCAGGCUAGUCAAAGUUACAGAGGGAAAAUGUCGUUAAAAAAAAAAAAAAAAAGACAGCAACCAAAAGUGGUUUGCUUAUUUAAUAGGGACAUGUAAAGGCUGUGGCAACUGUGUCCCCUCUGCACCGUGACUUGGUGAUGGUUUUACAAACAGGGCUGAAGCCGAAUGACUAUGGUUUCAGUGCUCCUACAGCAACUGAUAAACCCCCAACUGAUCUCAUCUUUACAUUACCCCUUGUUAUUAGGUUAACGGAGACCCUUCCUGUUGAGGGGGCCUGCUGCUCGUAACCGCCAUUCUCAAUGUGCUGCUUUUGGUAUGUGUCAAAUGGGAGUCUGGAAACUGUAAUAAAUAUGAUUGUAUCCAUUCUCUUGA